AUACUCUUGGCCUUGGGGGCUGCGCGAGGGCAGUCCUCGAGUAGCAAUAGAUAUUCCAACAGCAUAUAAGAUGUCUGUCCUCGAUGUCUUGCUCAGUAUUCGUUUUGGUUCUCAUAUUCAUACUCUGCAAACAUACAGACGAGACACUGCCUACUCGCUACCCAUUAUUAUAUGCCCAGUCAUAGUCAAGUCACUUCAAUACACACUAAAAACAUGCCUCACCACAAAGACAUGGCGAAUAUCUUGUCGCCAAUGGCGGACUCUUCUGUCAUGCAUUUCAAGAAGUUCAAGGAACAAGUUCACUCUCAACGCAAAAACACAGGCAGGGAGCUCACGAGGUUUCUCGAGACGAUAUGGCUCUUUACCGAGUCUGACAUCAAGACAAUCCUGGCUCCUUCGGUCCUGUUUGCCCUCACAAACGGCAUUGCAUUAUCAUUACUGUUGCCGGAAUCGGCAGGCAUACCGUCACCAAGCGAGAUCCUGGCCAGGAUUCCUGUUAUAACAGUAUAUGUUUGGAUCAGUCUCAUGGUUCUUUGCAUACAAAACCAAAAGAGCCCAGAUGCUGUUGAGGAGGACAGGAUUAACAAGCCUACACGUCCCCUCCCGUCAGGCAAGGUCUCGUCCGAUGAGGCCGGUACUCUUUUGGUCGCAUUCAUCAUCAUUGCAGUCCUUGGCAGCUACUGCCUCGGCGCACCAGUCGAGAGCAUAUUAGUUAUCGUCCUGGGAUACAUCUACAACGACCUCGAGGGCGCAGAGCACCCCUUCUUCAAGAAUGUCCUCAACUCCCUGGGCAUUCCUUGCUUCCCCAUCGGUGCUCUCCAGGUCGCCAUCAACCCGGCCCCGCACACGGCCGCCGCGCUGGCCGGCUCGGGCCCCUCGGUUCCCCUCCUGCUCUGGCGCUGGAUCCUGGUGCUCGUCGCGGCAAUCUUCUUCACGAUUCACAUCCAGGACAUCAAAGAUCAAGAGGGCGACGCCUGUCGCAACCGCAAGACGGUACCCCUGGUCUACGGCGACUCUGCGGGCCGCUGGCUCGUCGUGGUGCCCCUGCUCGCCUGGUCCGUCGCCCUGCCGAUCCUCUGGGGCUUCACCUCGCCGACCGCCGCCUCGCUUCUGGGCCACGCCCCGCUGCUGCUGCUGGCGCUCGUCGUCUCGGCGCGCACGUUCCUCUACAAGUCGGUCGCGGCGGACAAGAAGACGUUCAAGAUCUACUGCCUCUGGCUGAUCGCCAUGUACUGCCUGCCGCUGAGCAGGGCAUUGCUGGGAGGCGAGGGGCUGAUGCUCGUCACUGCGUGAUUCAAAAUUACCCAACUCUUAACCCUUUUUCUUGUCUAGAAUGGGCUGGACUUUUUUGUUUCGAAGCGCGCCGUCGCAACCGCUUUACUCGGAAGCUAGUCUAGCGGCGGCUUUGUAUUUCUCCUAGCGUCGACUACCACACGUCUUUUUUUUUCUUAUUCUCUGUACAACUCUGGGGGUUAGAUGGUGUACAUUUACUUUGUUUCCGGCGUUGGUGGCUGUGGCUUUUUUCUCUCUUGUCUAAAAUUGCACCAUAUGUGCAGGGACGACGGCUGGACUUUCCCCCCUUUCUUUCAAAAUACCAAGACAUGACUGAAUCAAAUUUACGAAUCCGUUUACAGAAUUCCAUUUGUGACUUGUCUCGUUUUGCG